AUGGGUAACACUCAGGGAAAGCCAGUUAACUGCAAUGAUGCAGUCAACCUUAAUCAUUUCCGACUUCUUCGUGUGGUAGGCAAGGGUGCCUUCGGCAAAGUUCGAAUUGUCGAGAGAAAGGAUACCGGCCUCACAUUCGCCCUGAAAUAUAUUCGCAAGGAGGAAGUCGUUCGCUCGGAAAGUGUACGGAAUAUCAUUCGUGAACGCCGAAUGUUGGAACACUUGAACCACCCGUUCCUUUGUAAUUUGCGGUACAGCUUCCAGGAUAUGGAGUAUAUUUACAUCGUGGUUGAUCUCAUGAAUGGUGGUGACCUCCGCUUCCACAUCUCACGGAAAUGUUUCACAGAAGAUGCAGUGCGCUUUUGGAUGGCCGAAUUGGGUUGUGCUUUAAAAUACAUCCAUUCGCAGGGUAUCAUCCAUCGUGAUCUGAAACCCGACAAUGUGUUGUUAGAUUCGGAGGGACAUGUUCACUUGGCAGACUUUAACGUGGCCUCGGAUUUCAGGCCAGGGAAGCCUCUCACUAGCAAGUCGGGAACGCUAGCCUACUUGGCGCCGGAGGUCUACGAGGGCAGUGGUUACACUUUCGAGGUGGAUUGGUGGUCAUUAGGUGUGACAUUUUACGAGUGCAUCUACAACAAGCGCCCCUUCGAAGGUCGAAGCCAGGAUACAUUGAGCGAGAACAUCAAAAAAGCGCAACCUAAAUACUAUGUCACCAACCCCGCAGUAUCAGUUCCCUGCCUGCGUGCAUUGGGGUCAUUGAUGCAAAAAGACCGAAGUCAGCGAAUCGGAGCUAUUGGCUGGGAAACUUACACUCAGCACAUGUUCUUUGCGGAAAUCGAUUUCGAAGCUCUCGAGCGGAAACAGAUUCCGCCCGUGUUCCGCCCAUCCAGCGACAAAACCAAUUUCGAUGCGACGUACGACCUGGAAGAGCUUCUUCUUGAAGAAGCCCCACUCGAGGCCCGGGCUCGCAGGCAAAAGCCGCGAGCUGAAUUGAGGGAGGAUGCGACCGCAAAGGAAAUCCGAGAGGAUGAGCUUCACCGACUCAUUGAAACGAUGUUUGAGCCGUUUGACUACACCUUGACGAACUACCAGGGCAAUGCCGCUGAUGCCAUCGCUGCUGCUACUAACCCCGAGGACUGCUUCCCGGUAACUACAACAAACUCUGCCAACGCCGAACAUGCGCGCCAAAUCUCUCAAGCCGAUGCCCCCAAAACCAUACACCCCUCUCAGUCCGACGGACAGUACCGUGCUUCCCCAAGCCAGCAAAUCACUACAGUCAAUGAGAACCUGAACGCUCAAGAUCCUGCGACUGGCCCACCGCCGCCAUCACCUUCUAAUCGCGUCUCACCCUCACCACCGCCCGCCCCAUCUUUCCACCGACCUCUCCCCCACAACCACCGUCCACGCGGCGCCACACGGCAAAUGAGCAAGAGUGGAGGUGUACAGAUGGUACUCAACGAAGCUGGCAGCUGGAGUGAGCUGGCUCAUUCCUCUUCCACACUUCCCGCCGAAGGCCUGGAGGGCGGUGACGACAAAGGCAAGCAAGCCAACGGCAUGCUUUCCUUCUUCAGCCGCAAGAAGGGUCGCGACCGCAGCCCCAAGCCAACUGAACCCGGUGUUCUGGGCAAGGAGGGAGCCAGACAGAUCAUCAACUGA